AUGUCCUAUUACGACGACGACCGGCCUCGCCGACCGAAGAGCACGCGAGAGCGAUCUCGAAGAGAUGACUAUGAGGAUACCGUCUAUGACACAAACACAAGAGACACUCGUAUAGUCAAGCGACGCGACGACAGCGUGGAUUCUAUCGAGGAGGUGUCCCGUGACUUUGCCCCUGGCGACCGCGGUGCCAUCUAUCGCGAAACCACCGUGCGGAAGAGUGGCCAUCGGCCUAUUCGUGCAAGAUCCACUGACGAUCGCUAUUAUGAUGAUCGUUACGAUGACCGCUCAUACGUGUCGCGAAAAAAGUACGAGGAUGACUAUGUGGUCGUCGACAAUCCCAAACGCAGAAGCCGUGACUAUGACGACAGACGCCGCUCCCGACGCUACUCGUCAGACUAUGAAUCCCGCAGCCGCAGCCGCAGCCGCACACCUCCAAAGAAAGAACGCAGAAAGUCUACCACUGAAGAGCUAUUGGGAUCCAUUGGUCUAGGAGGUGUUGCCGGUGCCCUGCUCGGGAAGGCUAAGAGUCGUGACAGGUCGAGAUCCAGUUCACGCGAUGGCCGUCAUCGAAGCCGGAGCCGUGCCGGUCGCCGUUCUUCAUCCGACCGCUCCCGUCACCGAAGCAAGAGCCGUGGCAAAGUUCGAAGCGAGCAAAUCUCCCAAGCCAUCAAGGCGGCCGUUUUGGCUGGAGCCGGUGAGGCUUUCCGCGCUCGGAAAGUUGAAGGCGGCUGGGGCGGCGAGAAAGGCAAACGAAUCAUCACCGCGGCCCUGGCAGCGGGAGGUGUCGAUGGCUUGAUCUCGGACAAGAACGAUCCGCAUCACCAUUCGAAGCGUGACAUUCUGGGCUCUGCUUUGGCCGGCAUGGCCACCAACCGCAUCAUCAACGGACCUCGGUCGAAAUCCCGUGGCAGAAAUGGCAGCCCGGACAGUCGUCGAGGCCGGAGUCAGUCUCGCGGCGGGUUGGGAGAUCUCGCCGCCGGAGGCGUGGUUGCCGCCACCGCUAAGAAAGUCUUUGAUUCGGUCCGCUCUCGAUCUCGAGGUCGUGCUCGUUCUCGAAGCGCGUCGUCAUACGACAGCCGCGGCAGUCGAAGCCCUAAGCGCAAGCGGAGCCGCAGCGUGUCCGCCUUUGCGGCCAAAGGUCUUGCAGCUUUGGGGCUGAAAGAUGCGGCGGACAAAGUCGACCCCGACCGCGAGCGGGACCGCCGCCGAAACUAUGACGACUACUAUGAUGAUGGUCGAUCAAGUCGAAAUGGAGGAGGAUAUGGGUACAGUGAUUCCCGAGAUGUAGGUACCUUUCAACCCCAAUUUGGUUAUCCUAAUGGCGGUGCCCGUUCCAUGAGCGUACCCAGGGCGCCGCCGCCUGGCUAUGAGCUCGACUACGGCCCACGUCAUACUGGUGACCCAGAAACAGACUCCGAUUCUGACCUCGGCUCCAGUUCCGAAGAUGAGAAAGAAAUAAAGAAAGGUCGCAAGAAGAUGUUGAUCAGCGGAGGUCUUGCGACGGUGGCGACUAUCCAUGCAGCGCACAGUGUUUACCAAAGCAUGGAGAAACGAGAAGCGAGGAGGAGGGCAUUGAAGGAGGGCGACAUCACCGAAGAGCAAGCCAGGAGAGCAAAGAACAAGAACAGGCUGCAGGAUGCUGCUAGUAUUGGCAUCGCUGCUCUUGGUCUCAAGGGAGCAUACAGCGAAUGGCAGGAGAUGCAUGAGGCACAGAAGGAAGCCAAGGAGGAGAAGGAGAAACGUGAGCGACACAAGAUGAAGCGAGAAGCCAGGAGAAGAAAGAUGAGCAUGCUUGCGGCGCACAACUAUGCCGACAGCGGUUUCACAGGGAGCAUGCCGAAUCUGGCGACAUACCCUCAACAGCACUAUCCGGCGUUCCCUCCUCCACCCGGGGCAUCCUUUGGCAACGGAACAGCCGUCCACUAUGCAGACGACAAUCCUUACGGAGCGGUCACGAACCCACCGGUCUACGUCCCUACCCCCCCAGCUUCUCAUAUGGGUGGUCCUUCAAGCAGAGACCAGGUGAGGGGAUGGUGA